AUGCCCAGAGCAGGUGGCCUCCCGCGGCCAAUCGGAACGCGCCCUGGCUGCGGCCGCCGCCCAAUCAACGGCCGGCAGCGGCCGGCUCUAUUGUGCGCGCCCUCCGCGGGGCUGCCCCGCUCGCCGGCGCUCCCGGAGUGCCCGGCCCGCCCACCCCCCCUCGGCUGUUCGGGGCUGCCGAUUGGAUGGGCUGAGAGACGGACAGGGACGCGCCCCAAUGGGCGGCGGCUCCUCCUGAGCUCGCCCUGCGGAGAGCCAAUCAGCGAGCGCGGCGCCCCUGCCGGGCCGUCGGGAGCCGGGGCUGGCAGCGGUGCGCGCCGCUGCCACGUCGGACGGAGCGGCCGCGCUCGGGGCGCGGGAUGGCUGCGCGGUGAGAGCGGCGAGGCGGCGGCGAUGGCGGCGGGGCUGCUGCUGCUCGGCUCCGCCCUGCUGUGCGCGGCGCUGGGCAGCGCGGGCGCGGCGCUGAUCCCCCCCGCGCCCGACGUGAAGGUGGAGGUGCUGCACAAGCCUUUCCUCUGCCACCGGCGCACCAAGUGGGGGGACUUGAUGCUGGUUCACUACGAGGGCUUCUUGGAGAGGGACGGAUCCAUGUUUCACUCGACUCACAAGCACAACAAUGGUCAACCUAUGUGGUUUACACUUGGCAUCAGGGAAGCUCUCAAGGGCUGGGACAGAGGGCUGAAGGACAUGUGUGUGGGAGAGAAACGGAAGCUGACCAUUCCACCAGCCCUUGCUUAUGGAAAAGAAGGGAAAGGAAAAAUUCCACCUGAGAGCACAUUGAUUUUCAACAUUGACCUUCUAGAAAUAAGAAAUGGACCAAGGUCUCAUGAGUCAUUCCAAGAGAUGGAUCUUAAUGAUGAUUGGAAACUAUCCAAGCAAGAGGUGAAAAUUUACUUGAAGAAAGAAUUUGAAAAGCAUGGAGCAGUAGUAAAUGACACCCAGCAUGAUGCUUUGGUUGAAGACAUAUUUGAUAAGGAGGAUGAAGACAGUGACGGGUUUAUAUCUGCAAGGGAAUUCACGUACAAGCAUGAUGAGCUGUAGAAAGAAAAGAGUGGCAUAACUUUUUUGGACGCAAAUAGCAGUGACUUAGACUGUCUGGUUCUCCUGUCAUCUUAAUUCUGUGCUUUGGAAUUGACAAUUGCUGUUGGCAAAGAAACACUUUGUUUAUAUAAAAGAGAAUUUCUGUUCGUUAUGUACAAAUGUUUUAAACUGUUUUAAAGUGUGAAAAUGUUCCUCCUCUUACACAGCGAAGACUUGCACAUCAGUGUUUUUAAAGUUUUGUAUUAAAUUAUUUUUCAGAAAUGAAACAAACUUUCCAUUUAUCAUUCAUUAUGAAAAUCAAAAUCCAGUUCAGUGACUUUCUGUGAUUUGUGUGCCAAGAUCACUUUCAGCAGCUACCUUACAUAUUACUUGUAGUCUGUGGUUUAAUUACUUGACCUUCCUUCUUGAGUGUCACUGCUUAAACAGCAGUUUGAUGACCUUUGGUUUUUUUCCUGCAGAUUUUCAAAAGAUGUAGUAGAAGGCAUCAGCAUCUCUGUAUGGCUGAGAAACUGAUACAAAGCUGAAUGAGAGGAAUGAUUAUCAUGUGCUGAUUUUGCCCUUCUAAAGGGAAAGUGUUACCACCCAUGCCAAUAAUUGUCUGCAUUUUUCAUUAAAUUUUCUGAAGAAAGCAGGAGUUAAAUGUCAGACUUUCACUUCUACUGCCAGCAACAUUCUAGGAAACAUCUGUAAUUUGGAAAGCAGCAAGUUGUGCUGCAGUGCAGAGGUGCUGUCCUUUAAAUGUACAGACAUGUUUUGAAACUCAGACUUGGUAUUCAUCAGAAAAGCUCAUACCUUUCUCUCACAGUUUGAGGGGGAUCUUGAGAAUGUUACACGUCUGAAGUUUUUUCCUCUGCAGAAGAGAGAGUUUACUGACAGGAAGGUCAGUAUGGUCUGAAGAACAGUUUCUGUGGACUUGUCUGCAGCUAUGUAAGCAGCAGAACUUGUUUCAUUGCCCCUUUGCAACAUUUUUCACAAGUAAUUUGAAUUUUCAAUUAAAAAGUGAAUUUUUAGAAAAAAAGGUGUUAAGGUAAGUGUUAUGGUGCUGUAUCUUUACAGAGGUGGAGAUCAUUAGGAUUUCAAACACAAAAUUGGAGUUGAAAGAUCUUUCUGGAGAACAGAUAUUGUACAAUUGUCCACGGUUUCUUAAAUGAGAGGGCGAGGAAUCUCAGGGACAGAAUUUAUCCUGACAUCACUAACCUAUGGGUCUAUGAACACAGCAUUGCACUUGGAAAUCAUUGCCCAAAGCUAUGUAAGGAUGUAAAACAAAUCCAGUUGUAUGAAAGUGAGAUUGCUGCAUUGCACUAACCCUUAACUACUGCAGACUGCAUUCCAGGCUCUCAGUGCUGUAGGUGUGUUAGAUGUUUCCCUGCCAUCUAGUGUUGCAACUGGGGACUAGAGGACUGCUUCAUUGAACUGAGAUCAGGUGCAGAGGGGUGUGCAGAGACGCCUGUCAAUUGUGAUGAGGGUAUGCAGUGCUGGGAUGCUCUGUUUUGGUUUUCUUCCAGCAUCUGACAUUUUGUGGGUGAUGUUCUAAGAGAUAGGAAUUGCAACCAUGUAUUUUGUUUUCAGUAACCUUAGGUCUCUUUCCUGAGUGCUGCCAUCUGCUUUUCUUGACCCCAAUAAAACUUUUACUUCUAA